AUGCGAAUAAAAGAAAAAAAAGUCACCACAAAAUCUACGACUACUACUACUGUUGGAGAUUCCCCAGAAAUCUCUCGAGCACGAUCGAGACGAAUCAUGCAAAAUUUUCUUCUAGUAUGGCUCCAUGAUAAUUUAGACGAGAACAAUAAUGAAUUCCAACUUUCUUUAACAGAACUUCGAGCUAUCGUUUAUACAUUGGAAUACUUCUCUGAUCCUGAUCAAUGUAUUGAUUAUUUAACAAGUAUCAAAGAUGAAAAAAUCUUCUUAAUUGUCUCCGGGAAAUUUGCUGAAAAUGUUGUUUCUCUCAUCCACCAGAUGCCUCAACUUGAUACCAUAUUUGGUUUCUUUGACAAUAAUAAUCAGCAACAAGAAUGGUCAAAACAAUGGCUAAAAGUUGAAGGCAUUCACAGUUCAAUUCAGACAAUAUGUGCAUCUUUAAAAAAAGGCACUCUUGAAUGCGAUCAUAAUGCGCUGCCAAUAAGCUUCGUUCCAAUGGGAACCUUAGAAGCCACCAUCCCAAGCGAACAUAAUCUCGAUCAAUUAGAGCCUUCCUACAUGUAUUCGAUGUUAUUCAAAGAAAUUGUAUUGGAAAUCGAGGAAAACGACACGAAAGCCGUACAUGAGUUAGUGACUUAUUGCCGCAAUCAAGGCAUCUCUGAAUCGCAAUUGGGUAGUUUUGAGCGGGAAUAUCAUCAAAAAUCUCCUCUUUGGUGUUAUACUCGUGACAGUUUCCUCUACGGUAUGCUCAACAAGGCUUUACGCUCACUCGACAUGGAGGUAAUGAUGAAAAUGGGCUUUUUUAUUCGCCAACUUCAUCGACAGCUUGAGCAGCUGCACAAAGAGCAAUUAUGUCCCCAUAAGAAAAAAUUUAUUGUUUACCGCGGCCAGGGACUCACCCAAAGUGAUUUUCAACGUCUACGUGAAACAAAAGGUCGACUUAUUUCAUUCAACAACUUUUUGUCAACGAGUAAACGAAAAGAUGUAGCGACUCUAUUUGUUAGAAGUCCCAUGUAUAGAAAUGAAGAUAUCGUCGGUGUUCUCUUUUUCAUCACAAUCGAUCAUAGUAAAAUAUCAACUUCUACUACUCGAUAUGCCCGAAUCGAUCAAUACAGUGCCAUCCAAGGAGAAAAGGAGAUACUUUUUACAAUGCACACUGUAUUUCGUGUGGGUGAAAUUACACGAGCUGUCAAAAACAAUCGUCUCUGGGAAGUGCAAUUGACUAUUACAGACGAUAGUGAUUUACAACUUGCUGCCCUUACCGAUGCCAUAAAAGACGAAGUCCAAGGCUCUACUGGAUGGAGUCGAAUGGGUAAAUUGAUGCUCAAAAUGGGGCAUUUUGAUCAAGCCGAAGAACUCUACAAUGAAUUACUCCAGAAUGCUUCCGAUAGCAACGAUAGGGCACAUAUAUAUUAUAUGCUUGGAAUGUUGAAAAACCAUCAAGGAAACUACUCAGAAUCAGUAACCUUCUACGAAAAAUCCCUUGCCAUACAGCGACAGUGUUUUCCAGAAGAGGACCCUUCAUUCGUUUCUACUUAUAACAACAGUGGUCAAGUGUAUCAUAACAUGGGUGACUACUCGAAAGCACUGGAAUUUUACAAAAAAUCACUCAAAAUAAUAGAAAUAUCUCUGCCUCCGAAUCAUCCCGAAUGUGCUUCUUCCUAUAAUAACAUUGGACAAGUGUAUAACAGCAUGGGUGAAUACUCGAAAGCACUGGAAUAUUACAAAAAAGCACAUAAAAUAAGAGAAAUAUCUCUGCCUCCGACUCAUCCCGAUUUGGCUUCUUCUUGCCACAAUAUUGGUGGAGUUUAUGACAACAUGGGUGAAUACUCGAAAGCGCUGGAAUAUUUCGAAAAAGCAUAUGAAAUAAGAGAAAAAUCUCUGCUUUCGACUCAUCCCAAUAUGGCUAAUUCUUACAACAACAUCGGUUGUGUGUAUAGCAGCAUAGGUGAAUACUCGAAAGCACUGGAAUAUUGCGAAAAAGCACUUAAAAUAAGAGAAAUAUCUCUGCCUUCGAAUCAUCCAUCAUUGGCUUUUUCCUACAACAACCUCGGUGAAGUGUUUAAUAAUAUGGGCGAGUAUUCGAAAGCACUGGAAUAUUACAAAAAAUCACAUAAAAUAAGAGAAAUAUCUCUGCCUCCGACUCAUCCCGACUUGGCUGAUAGUUACUUGCAUUUUACAGCUUGCUAUGAAAAAAUGGGAGAUUAUAUGGCAGCACUUAAGUCUCUUAAAAAAGCUUAUGAAAUUCAAGAAAAAACAUUUCAAGAAGGUAAUCUAGCUUUUGCUUCAACAUUCAGUUUGUAUGGAACAGCGUAUAAGGACUUGAAAAAGUACUCAAAGGCACUGAGUUAUUUUGAAAAAUGUCUCAAAAUAUUGGAAGUAGCACUACCAGAAAAACAUCCUGACCGGGCUGUUACAUAUAGUGAUAUUGGUGAUGUGCAUCGACUAAUGGGUGAUUAUAAAAAGGCAGUGGCAUUUCAUCAGAAGGCGUUUAAUAUUCAAGAGAAUGUAAAAUGCGAUCCACUUGAUUGUGCAACAUCAUAUAUGGAUUUAGGUGAAACUUAUCGUGAAAUGAAAGAUUAUUCAACAGCAUUAACAUAUUUUGAAAAAGGAUUAAAAAUACGUGAAGAAAAACUCGCGAAAAAUCAUCCUGCUUUAGCUGUUAUAUAUCACAGUAUGUCGAAAUUAUAUUUGUCUACUGAACAAUAUAGUAUGGCAAUGGAAUAUAUUCAGCGAACUGUAAAUAUUGGACGAGAGAAAUUACCUUCAACUCAUCCGCAUCUAGCGGAAUAUAGAGAAACGUUUGAAGAAAUUCGAAAGAAGCAAUAA